ACUUGGUUUCCGAAACCCAGUGAACAAAUGCAUCAGCAACUCGGCGAGGUCAAAAACCGAUAACCAAAACCCCACCCCCUCCACCCACCAAUUCCGCAGCAUUCAAUUGUACAGCAGACAGACCUCAGAGCUUCUUCCAAGAAUCAAAACAUGGGGAACACUUCCUCCAUGCUCACUCAGUACGACAUAGAAGAAGUUCAAGAUCACUGCAAUCACACCUUUUCGCAGCAGGAGAUAGUAUCAUUAUAUCAGAGGUUCUGUCAGCUGGAUCGUAAUGGAUGUGGCUUCAUCUCGGCCGAUGAGUUCAUGUCGGUACCCGAAUUUGCCGUCAAUCCUCUCUCCCAGAGGUUGUUGAGAAUGCUGGAUGGACUAAAUUUCAAGGAGUUCGUGGCAUUCUUAUCUGCUUUUAGCUCUCGGGCAAGCUUGCAGCAGAAAGUGGAAUUUAUUUUUAAGGUUUAUGACUCUGACGGUAAUGGGAAGGUUACUUUCAAUGAAAUGCUGGACAUUUUACGUGACUUGACUGGUCAAUUUAUUUCUGAACAUCAAAGAGAGGAAGUCCUUACCCAAGUUCUAGAGGAAGCAGGCUACGCAAAGGAUUCUUUGUUAGUUCAAGCCGACUUCAUGAAGAUUGUUGGCAACUCUGGUUUGAAGAUGGAAGUCGAGGUUCCAGUAGACUAGAGAAAAAAUAACAUGUUUCCCUGGUGAAAAUCUUGAGUAGCCUACUACCCUGAAUAAUGGAUCCCUUAAUUCUUAGUUUAAGAUUUCAUUGUCAUAACAUUUCUUAAGAUAGCUGGCUUCUUAAUCAUCUGUCCUAUGCAAAUAUUUCCCUUUUUUUUUCUUUUUCUUUUUUUUAAGAUUGCUGGAAAUUCCUCUGAAAGCUCAAUCUUGAGUAACCUACUACCCUGAAUAAUGGAUCCGUUAAUUCUUAGGUUAAGAUUUCAUUGUCAAAACAUUUCUUAAGAUAGCUGGCUUCUCCCUGAUCGAAAAAACAUAGAAAGUGUGAAUCAUCUGUCAUAUGCAAAUGUUUGCUAUUUUUUUGUGGUUAAGAUUGCUGGAAAAUCCUCUGAAAGCUCAAUUUAUGGUCAUUGACAGUCUUCUGCAAGCGACAUAAACCAAACUUGUUCUAGUUUUAGUAAUAUUGAUGAACAUUUCUAUGUAUAUAAUCAAACAAACUACUUUUUUGAUUAUUUGUAUGCUGAAACUUUGUGCAUUCUCUUAA